AUGACUUCCCAAUCGACCAUUGACCCAGACUCACCAUAUCUGGUGCCUUUCUUCAAAACAGAUGGCUCCCAAACCGAAUCUGCGAAUCUCCAAGCCAUCAUGAAAAAGUUGAAUAUGCAGAAUCACCCAGAGGGCGGCUACUUCGUCGAGACUGAUCGCAAUACCACGCGUGUACCAAACCCCUUCGGUGAUAAGAAAGGAACGCGUAGUAGCUCGACUUCCAUCCACUAUCUUCUCACUCCCAAGAGCAAUUACGGAGGCUUCCAUCGAAACGAGGCCAGGACUGUCCAUACUCUUCAUAAAGGACGAGGCCGAUACGUCAUUAUACAUGCAGAUGAGGUUGCCAGCAAGGACUUUCCUGGUGGUUAUGGAAAGGAGAGUGCUUCCGAGAGUGAGAGAUGGGUAAGCAAAGCACGAGUGGAAACUUUCAUCGUCGGACAGAAUGUCCUUGCGGGUGAGAGGUUGCAAUGGAUUGUCGAAGGUGGGAAGUACAAGUCCAGUUUCCUGCUCCCCGACGAGGACGGCGGGAGCACCAGCGAAGGCUUGUUGAUCUCUGAAACUGUCGUUCCAGGCUUCGAAUUCGAAGACCACGACUUCAUGAAGGUCGACAGGAUGGARGCGCUUGUCACGGCCGAGCAGGCAAAGGAAAUGAACUGGAUGCUGAACAAAGAUGCCCAGUAA